AUGCAGCGCCUCCUGGCUCAGCUGGCCGCUUUGUGCUGCGCUGCGGUGGCCACAGCAGGCAGCACACUGAGCGAGCGGGCCUGCACCAAGCGAGCGAGGGCACGCGCAGACAGUCCUACAGCGGCUGAAUUAGACCCCAAAGAUGUGGGGCACACGGUCAGUCUUCCUGUCGUGGUUCCAAAAGGGAGCACUUUCUCGGGUCUCAUGUUGAGGUCCCUCGGCCCACCCAGCAAGGCCGUCGCUCUGUGGGAGCAAGGGAAGCCCGUCACGGUCCUGGACCCCAGAUAUUCCCAAAGGGUGUCCUUCCUGGAGCAGGAUCCGGCCUUCCAAAUCCAUAACCUCACCUUGGAAGACGGAGGAAGCUAUGACGUUUCCAUGUUGACCCAGGCAGGCUCCACGAUGCUGAACCGCUACACGCUCUUUGUCUUCCACAUCAGCAUCAGGGGACAAAGGCUGGCCAACAGUUCCUGCAACCUCAAUUUGCUGUGUGAGGCCGGAGCUGGAGCCAAAGCUCGGGUGACCUACUCCUGGAAGAAUACAAAUACGGGGGACACGGCUUCCGACAAUGCCCGGCUGCACCUCACCUUGAACGCCCAGAGCAAGGAUGACUCCUACACCUGCUCCGCGCAGGCCUUGGGGACCCAGAAAGCCUGGGAAGUCUUGCCCUAUGAAUCAUGCCCAACAUCUGCCGCUGCAGGACUCUCCGUGGCCGGCCUGUUCUUCUACCACAUUGCCAGAGCUGUUUUGGCACCUGCCGUCAUCACUGUCUUCAUGCUCCUGUGAAUAGCCAGUGGCUCUCCAGCUGCUUCCUGAGCGAAGUGUGGAAAUCCAGCUGCCUCCUAUCUUUUCCCAAUCCUGCCACUUCUUGUCCGCCCCUUGCUCUGGUUCCCCUUUACAGUCAAACCUCAGUUGUCAAACCUAAUUCAUUCAAGAAGCCUGUUCGACUUCCGAUGGGUC